AUGGUGGACUACAUAGCUGACUACUUGGAGAACAUUCGCGACCGUCGGGUGUACCCCAGCGUGCAGCCAGGCUACCUUCACAAGCUGCUGCCGAAGGAAGCCCCCCAAACUCCUGAGAAGUGGGAUGAAAUCUUCAAAGAUGUGGAUGAGCAUAUCAUGCCUGGAUUGGUGCACUGGCAAAGUCCUCACAUGCACGCUUACUUCCCGGCCCUGACCUCGUACCCCUCCAUCAUGGGGGAGAUGCUGUCCAGCGCUCUGAACGUUCUCUGCUUCACUUGGGCAUCAUCACCAGCUGGCACGGAGCUGGAGACCAUAGCAAUGAACUGGCUUGGCAAGCUCCUGGGUCUACCUGACUGCUUCCUCAAUGAGAAGAACGAUAGCCCUGGUGGAGGAGUGAUUCAGACCACUGCCAGUGAAGCAACCCUCGUGAGUCUACUGGCAGCUCGUACCAGGGCUCUCAUGGAGCUCUCUAAGCUGAACCCUGAUGUCCAGUCAGCUGAACUCCUGGGCCACCUGAUCUGCUACUGCUCUGACCAGGCCCAUUCUUCCGUGGAGAAAGCUGGUCUCAUUGGUCUGGUCCGCAUGAGGUACGUCGAGUCUGAUGAGAACCAAAGCAUGAAGGGAGAUCAGCUGGAGAAAGCCAUCGCCAGCGACAAGGAAAAGGGUCUCGUUCCAUUCUGGGUAAGUCCACCACCUAAAUGA